AACAAAGCAUGAAUACAAAGACAAAAUGAAACCUACUACUAGUUCCAGUUGAUCCUGCGUUUACAGCACUACAGUUCCACAGCAUUAGCCAUUAGCACUAUAAAUAAAUAGAGAACACGCGAAACACCUGAUUCCCCUCCCCAGACGCCGCAGAGUCAGAGAGAGAGAUUCACUGAAACAGAGCGCAGAAGAAAAUACAUAAACUAAUCCAGAAAAUGAGCAGCGGCGCUGGAAAGGUGGUGUGUGUCACCGGCGCUUCCGGUUACAUUGCUUCCUGGAUAGUCAAAUUCCUCCUCAAUCGCGGCUACACCGUUAAGGCCACCGUUCGCGACACAAGUGAUCCGAAAAAAAUAAACCACUUGGUUGGCCUCGACGGUGCUAAGGAGAGGCUGCACCUCUACAAGGCGAAUCUUCUCGAAGAAGGUUCCUUUAACUCUGUCGUUCAAGGUUGCCAUGCUGUGUUUCACACUGCUUCUCCCUUUUAUCACAAUGUCAAGGACCCCCAGGCUGAAUUGUUAGACCCAGCUUUGAAGGGGACUCUCAAUGUUCUGAAAUCGUGUGUAAACUUGCCGACGCUGGAACGCGUUGUUUUAACCUCUUCUGUUGCUGCAGUUGCGUACAACGGAAAGCCUCGAACUCCCGAUGUAGUAGUUGAUGAGACUUGGUUUUCUGACCCGGGUUUCUGUAGGGAAUCACAGAUGUGGUAUACACUUUCAAAGACUUUGGCCGAAGAUGCUGCCUGGAAAUUCGUAAAAGAGAACAACAUUGACAUGGUUACUAUUAACCCAGCAAUGGUGAUAGGACCUCUCUUGCAACCAGUCCUUAACACAAGUGCUGCUUCAAUUUUAAACGUAAUUAAUGGUGCACAAACAUUUCCAAAUGCAUCUUUUGGUUGGGUCAAUGUGAAAGAUGUUGCAAAUGCCCAUAUUCUAGCAUAUGAGAAUGCUUCAGCUAAUGGAAGGUAUUGUUUGGUGGAGAGAGUGGCACACUACUCAGAAAUUGUGAAGAUUUUACGUGAUUUGUACCCGACAUUACAACUUCCAGAGAAGUGUGCAGAUGAUAACCCAUAUGUGCCAAUAUAUCAGGUAUCCAAAGAAAAGGCAAAGAGCUUGGGGAUUGAAUAUACUCCUUUGGAAGUGAGCCUCAAGGAGACUGUGGAUAGCUUGAAAGAAAAGAAGUUUACCAACUUUUAAUUUGUGAUAUCUCCUAGAGGAGAAAACGUUAAUAAUAGAAACCUUGUGUGGUUGGUCACUUGGCUUGUGAUGCUCAUGCUUCUGAACAAACUUACUAUUAAAUAAGACUUAAAUCAAGAUUGGUAUAAGUACUGAAAGAAGCCAUUCUUGGUCUGAUUUGUACCGGUGACAAUUAAGUUUCAAACAUGCGUUUCCAAGUAGAGUUUGCAUUACAAAUUGUAUCCCCGUUUUUAUUAUAUUACUAGGAAAUGUCUGAUGCAA